AAACUAAAACAGCGGAAGAUUCAAACGGAACAUGGCGGCCGACAAAGAUGUAGACGAAAAUAAACAAAAUAGGAGGGAAACGUACUGCAAGGUUGAGAAGAACCUCGACAUGAACCCCAGGGCCCAGCCUGUCAUAUUCAAUCCCGACUUUUUCGUGGAGAAACUUCGCCACGAGGAGCCAGACGUUUUUACAGAGUUGGUGCUGAGCAACAUCACGAGGCUGAUUGAUUUGCCAGGGGUAGAGUUCGCCCAGCUUUUAGGGGAAGUGGAGUCCAAAGGAUCGGCAUCCAGCACUGGCUUCCUUCGUUCCCUCAACUUUCUCAAGCGCAAAGAGAAGGGGGUGAUAUUCGGAGGGCCUCUGACGGAGGAGGGUAUUGCGCAGAUAUACCAACUCAUUGAGUACCUUGGCAAAAACCUGCAUGUGGAGGGCUUGUUCCGGGUGCCAGGCAACAGCCUCCGGCAGCAGGCCCUGCGGGAGAUGCUGAAUAACGGGGCGGACAUCGACCUGGAGACUGGGGACUACCACCCCAAUGACGUGGCCACCGUGCUCAAGGUCUUCCUGGGGGAGCUGCCCGAGCCCCUGCUGACUCAGCGCCACUUCCACGCGCACCUCAAAAUAGUCGAGCUGACGCUGUUGGACGCGGAGGGCAACAGGACGAGCGUGCCGGAUAAGGAGCGUCAGAUCCAGGCCCUCCAGCUGCUGCUGAUGCUGCUGCCCCCGGCCAACCGCAGCCUGCUCAAGCUGCUGCUGGACCUGCUGUACCACACCGCCAAGCAGCAGGACAAGAACAAGAUGUCCGCCUCCAACCUGGCCCUCAUGUUCACUCCGCACGUCAUCUGGCCCAAAAAGGUGCAUGCAAAUGAGCUGAAGGAGAACAUCAGUAAGCUCAACGACAGCAUCACCUUCCUCAUCAAGCACUCCCAAAAGCUCUUCAGGGCCCCUGCCUACAUCAGAGAGCUGGCUCGAAUGCAUUUCAUUGGAUCAAAGGCAAAGGAUGAGGUGGACCUGGUGGGGCUGUGCGGUAGUCCCGGGGCCCCCUCCAAGAGGCCCCUGGUGGAGAGCAGCUCUGAGGGGCCCGAGCAGCACACUCAGGAGGCCCUCAGGGAACUCUACAACCACGUCAACAACAUGCCCGAGUCCGCCAAGAAGAAGAAGCUCAUGCGACAGUUCAAUAAGCAAGAGUCAGGAUCGACCCCUGUGUCUCCCCGUUCCGCGACGGGCAAGAAGCACAGCCGCACUCGCACCAUCAGCGGGAUGAUCAAGAGGAAGGUCUUAGGUGAGAAGUCCCCUGGUUCAGCCGAGUCCCCUGGAGUCCUAAGCCAGGGCACCCAGGAAGAAGGGAGCCCUGUGUCUUUCACAAGGACAUGCCUUUCUCCAGCGGAGCAGAUUGCGGUCUCCAAACUCCAGUAUUAAGAUGAUAUCACGAGAUGAUCGCAUUAUAAGAGAAUAACGGGAAUUUCAACAUGCAGUUGUAAUUAUUCACGCCACCCUCAACUUGUCAGUUGCCCGGCGACAACUGCAUGUUGAAUUAGACCGGAAUUCUCGUGUACGAUGACGUCACAUCAGCCACUGGGUAGCAGUGGCGAAGCUCUCCGCUCUUCUGCUCACCUCGGCCCCAAAACUUGAACAGAUGGGUGUAUAAUGUCUAUUAUAUCUAACUGUUGAAUCAAUUCUUAAGAUUUUCUUUUGUUUCAGACAUGUAAAGUCCUUUACCUGACAUGUUUCGACGGUGUACACCAGAUUUUUAAAUCUCUGAAACAAAAUAAAAUCUUAAGAACUUGAACAGGUGGUUCAGGCACUUUCAGACGCCGUGAGGGACACGGCACUCUUGUUCACCUGCAUGUUGGAAAGUUGGUUAUGGAGUCGGGUGGUGCAAAGAUCCCUGAUGAAUUUGAAUCGAAUAUAUUUCAGAAUCAGUAAUAUAUAUGCUCAAGACCCAAACAGAUUUUAUUUCAUUGCAUUUUUAAAAAAUGUAAUGCAUUUUAAUGUUUUGUUUUUUUAAAACAUAUUUAUUAUAUGCAGUUUUUAUACCCCUUAAGAUAUAAAGAGUGUCAAGUACUGUAUAUGCAUGACCUCAGACAUGGCUGGAUUUACCAUUUUCUGUUCUUUUUCUUUUUUCUUUUUUUUUGUGCCUUUUUUCUUUUUACAUUUUUUUUUAAUCAACUUCGACUACACUGCCAGAAAUGUGACCCAUGUGAUGAUGCAAUGACCACUUACUGUCCGUUACUAUUGAGCCCUUGUUAUCCAUCAAAUGACAAGUCCAGAAAUGGUUUCAUAGUGAGCGGUAUUGUUUACAGCACUAAGAGAGAGAUGGAGAGCGAGAGAGCGCUAUUCGAUGGUUUGAGGUAAUGGUGAUGGCGGUGAUUUGUUGGAUGGAUUUCUGACUGUUGGAGACCCUCCAGCCUCUCGAGACUUUGGAAAACUUGAUACUUGGAAUUAUAAGAGAGUCCAUUACAUAAGAAAAUAGUUCAAACGCAUUCGGCCAUGUAAAACAUCUGAGAGUUUAAAAAAAGGAAUAUUUAGAGGUCCAGUAGAUAGUCAUAAUUCCACCAUCCAAGAGUUUAGUCGUGAAAGGGUAAUUGAGGUGGUAGGCACUCAAACGUGGGUGAUUUGAAGUGAAAGGAUAGGUUGGUAGGUGUUAGGUCAGGAAGGAAGUGAAGGAAAUGGCAUGUGGCUAAGAGAGACUCGAAAGUGCUUUUUCCUGAUUUUUGGUACUAGUCCUCAUUAGUGUAUGAUUACAUGUGAGGGAGGGCGAAAGAAAGAAGGAACAUUUUUUAUGUUAUUUAAUCUCCAGAGAAAUUAGGGAGUCGUAGCUGUUUACAGAGCUUUUUUGUCAAUACUGUGAGAUAUGGCCUAGCUGUUACAGCUGUACUGGCAGUCUUACUCUGCUAGUUAGUGCAGUGCUUUCAGGUUCUUUUAUUUAUGCAGAUAUAUUUUCUUCUUUUUACCUAUGCAUUUUCAAACUGUUUAUAUACUUAAUGUUUUUUAUUAGUAUUAUUAUUAUUUCGUUUUUGCACCGUUGUUUUUUUAUUUUAUCUUUUAAGUUUUAUUUUAUCUUUAAGUUACAGUUCAGUCCUGUUAUCGAUCUGGGGUGAGGGAAUUUCUAAAAAGACAGGGGAAAAAACUGAAAUUGCAUGUACAUAAUUCCAAGAGAAUCAAUGUGCUCUUUUCCUUCUCUUAAACAAAACACUGGUUGUGUGUCUUCCUGACUUCCUGCUAAAUGUAAAUACUGUGAAUUUCAAACUGGUGCCCUUUUGUGUUCUGCUACUGUUUCUACUCCAAGUAGUCUGCUUCGCUUUUUAGGGACCUUCUGGUUUACUCAAAGACCACUACUCUUGCAUACAUUUCACGAUAGUGUAUGUUUAUUUCUGUUGUAUGUACUUUUUGGGAUGCUUUUGGCAACGGUGAUACAUUAUCUUUUUUGUCUAUAUUUUCAUGUAUUUAUUCCCAUUGUACAUGUCUUAAAUGUGACCAUCAUUUUCAACGGUGAGGAACCUCCGUUUUGUGUGUGUCCCUUUUUUAGUCAUGUGAAAUAGUCAUGGUCUAAAAUGUGAACUGUAUUUUUUUUUUACAGCGCGUCACAUUAGGCCUAUAUUGAGAUCUGCAUGUUCAGUGAAUUGUGUCCCCUCCUUGUGGCCCGUUUACUUUUGUAGUUCCAUUUUUUGGCCACAAGGGGAAGCAGUUGAAAAGGGAAAACUCUACCAACUGUUCCAAGUGUUCACAAAUCCAUGACGGCAUUGAUUUUAUUAAACAUGAUUUAAAAAGUU